UGUCACUGUCUGACUGUCAUAAUAAAAACAAACUCCAGCUCCAGGUGUGCUUUCUGUUUAAUUUUAGUAAACAAAUAAAAAUCUGUGCAGGCUGUAAAUUUUGCAGAACCAACAUGCACAGAAUAAGUACGCACUUAAGUCAGAAAAUAGCCGAGGAAGCACAGCUUCUAGCGGAAGAAAAAUGGAUUAUAGACGCACUGAGGAAACUCAAACAGCAACGAAAUAGUUUACAGAUUGAAAAACUACAUUUAGAAAAUCUAAGAGCAUCUGUUUUGAAUGAGGAACUGAAGAAUAGUUUAUCAUCAGCCCCAAGUACUGUUGUUGCUACAGUACCUUCUACUGCCACCUUAAUACAAACUAGUGUUGCUCCAACACCACAGAAUACAAAAAGUACAUUAUCAAGUAAUGCAACAGAUAAUAGUAAUGAGACUAGUCAGCCUGCAACUUCUAGGUCUCCUGUGCCAACUUCAGCAGAUAUUCAAAGCAUACCAAUGACACCUUCAGAGUUUGAUAUGCCUUUCAGCAACAUUGAUGAUGAGAUCUGCAAUACUGAAAAACUUAAUUUGUCUGUCACUGAUUCUGUGUUUGCUAAUAGAAAUAUGAAUCGGUCCGAUAUGGAAGAAGAUGAAGAGGACUUGGAGAAUGGUUUAGAAGAUGAUGAGGAUAUGGAGAACUGCUUGAUAGAAAUGAACAUGUUGAUGCAAUCUAAACAAUGAGAAGCUUGCUAGGAAGAGAUUCAAAGUGAUUCAUGAAACACCUUUGACAAGGUUUGGCUGCAGAAGGCAGAAUGUUUUUUAACAGCUAGGAAAUACAUAAAGUUAAUUGAAGGUGAGUGAGACACGGGCUCUUUGUGUAUAAAAUUAAAAUAAGUAAAACAUUUAAUUUGUGAUACUACUAAAGUAAUUAAACAAUAUAUUAUAUUAAGGUGUUAUAAUUUCAAAACCCACCAUAGAAUGAGGAAAAAAUAAAAAGAAAUAGUAUAUAUUAACAAAGAAUUUAAUAAAGUUUGUCUUACAUAUAUUUUACAUACAAUAAACCAUUAAUGUAUGCUAUAUACAAAUGUUCAUACAACAGUUAUAACAAAAAAUGUUUUUCGAGACCAAAUCGUAAUAUUUUUAUUGAAAUCAUUGCAAAUGGCACAUGUCCGAGAUGGGGGAAGCAUUUUUUUGAAGUAUUUAGUUAAUGAGACAUCACAGCUAACUGCUGGUAAAUCAAAAUUAAUUGUGUACACAUUAUGCGAUCAAAUGCUGCUAAGUUCAGUAGGCCAAGUACUUCCCAACAAAUUUUGGAAAUACUAGAAUGUUUUUAUAAUAACUAUCGUGAGACAUACUAAAUUAAGUAAAAACGCGGGUUACUCACGUGAAUAU